CCCUAGUGCCCGCGGAAGUUGGUUUGCGUGGAAGCGACGGGAUGUCGGUGUUUUGGGUGAAAUAGAGUGAAACACCGUCGAGGUUUGGUUUUAUUCCCCCACGGACAUUUUCUCACAGCGGUGCAGAAGCAGCUGAACGAGCGACAUGCUGGAGUGUGGCAUGCUGAAGCGGGACAGAUGGGCUCUGCAGAGACGAUCUGCGGUCCUCUGCAAACAGCUGGUGGUGGAUGAGAUGCUCGUCCAGAUACUGCAGGCAGACGGCAUCCUGACCGAGAGCAUGGCCGAGGGCAUCAUGGCUGAGAAAACUUCGCAGAAAAAAAGCUGGCAUUUGCUACUACUGUUACCAAAGCGGGGACCGGAUGCCUUUAGCCUCUUCUGUGCAGCUCUGCGAGAAACUGAGCAGCAGCAUCUGUGCGAGCUGCUCACACAAUCACCAGAAAAAGAUGGCACAGACACACACAUAAAGAGUAUUCAGCCUGAGGAAGAAGCAGAGGGAAAGAAAGAGCAGCAGGUUUCACAGUCAACAGAAAAGAAGAGAGAGAAAUCCUCAUUAGACAGAGAGGAAAAGAGUGAACUGAGCAGCACCACAUCAUUCCCAGUUCAAGCCUCAGGUGGCUGCCUAUGCUCAGGGUCCUCAUUCAGAGGGUUGGUCCCAGUCAGGGAGGAGGACAGGAAUGAUGAGAGACGGAGGACGAAGAAAACAGGAAGGGAUAAGAAAACAGUUAGGCUUUCUGACUCUUCUAUCCCACAUCCCACCCAGGAGGUUAUUGCAGCCAAAAGGACAAGGACACAUGAGUCCAUGGAGUUUAGUCUGGAUGCAGACAGUCCCAUCAACACGCCUGUGCUCCCCUGCACGCCUGACUUUUACCUCUCUCAUUGCCAGCAGUCAUACAGAAUGUCUUCGUCCCCUCGUGGUUUCGCCUUGGUGAUCAGUAAUGUGACCUUUGACCCAUGUGCUGUUGCUGAACUUGACACCAGGAAGGGAGGGGAAGUUGAUGACGAGGUCCUCAGGAAGGUCUUAACAGAGCUGGACUACAUGGUUACUGUCCACAGAGACCUCACUGCUCAGGACAUGAGGUCGUGCAUUGCGAAUUUUUGCCAACGACCAGACCACCGGACAGUGGACAGCUGCGUGGUGUGUGUGCUGUCCCAUGGAGUGGAUGGAGCUGUGUAUGGUACAGACGGACAGCUCCUGCAGCUGGACUGGAUGUUUGAGGCCUUCGAUAAUUCACACUGUCCACUGCUACAGAAUAAACCCAAGAUGUUCUUCGUCCAGGCCUGCAGAGGAGACGAGAUGGACUGUGGCGUGGAACAGAUAGACGGACCAACAAGGACGUACUCACCGAGCUGUGAACAGCGCGAUGCUGGGAGGGAAGGACAGGGGGAUGCAGCCUCCAGACAGAGAGGAGACAUGGGGAGGCCCAGGAUUAAACUGCCUCAGCGGUCUGAUAUGAUCUGCGGUUUUGCAUCUCUCAAAGGUCAGACAAUUAGCACAGCAGCCAUGAGAAACACCAAGAGAGGAUCCUGGUUCAUCCAGGAUAUAAACACAACACUCCGGCUCCAUGCCAGAGACACACACCUUGCCGACAUUCUGGUGCAGGUCAACGGGCGUAUCAAGGAGCGGGAGGGUUACGCCCCGGGUACCCUACACCACCGCUGCAAAGAGAUGUCCGAGUUCACCAGCUCCUUGUGCAAAGACCUCUACCUGUUCCCCAAGUACCAACCCUAGUACCGAUCCCAUGCACAUAUCAACAUACUGAGAUCAACACACACAGACCAUUCCAUGAAAUGAAGCCUGUCAAUAAUGGCACACAACUGUGACAGACACAAAGACACACACCCACACACACCCAGUUACAACCAAACAGGAUUUAUUCAUUCAUAAUUUCUUUGUAAAUACUGCCUACGCACAUACACACACACCCAAACACACAAAUGUUGGACAGGAAUCAGGAGCUCACGUUUAAUCUGUAUGUAUUUGGAACUGAGCAACAUAUUAGCAUAUAACUAACCCGUUUAUCUGUGUGUCUGUGUCUAUGGCAGUUAGUGGGUUUAGGUUUUAAUCCUUUUAAUCAAAGACAAAUAUAUGUUUUGUUUUCUCACUGCACAGCUACUUUCAGGUUUUGCAAGUCUCUCUUUUUAAACUGUAUUUUAUACACAGAUCUAUUUUUGUGGCUUUAUUUUGUAUGAGAUUGUUUUUAUAAGAAUGUUAAAUCCCAAUAUGUUUUAUCUGUGCACGUUUGUGAAAGUUGUGACCAAAUCUUGUUUUCAGUGUAGUGACAGACAGGGGGCAGCACAGCCGAGAGAAACACAUGUCAUCGUCUCUCUUUGAUCAAUAUUAUUUAUAUGUGCCACAGUUCAAGACGACCUUUACUGUUGUGCUUAUUUUAGCGACAGUCAGCUGCAGCAAUGAUAGAACUGUAAAGUCACGGCUGUUCCCGCUCUUUAUCUCCCAUAGUUUGAAUUAUGACGAGGAAAACUCCUACAAGGCAGCUUCAGAGCAACAUCUCCAAGUGUUUCGAUCCCUUUUUCUGGAUGUUCAAUAGAAACUUCUUUUUUUACAAGCUCAAAUGUCAUGAAGGCACCCACUGCAAACUUCUCUUUAUGUCAUAUGUGUUACUGUGGAUCUGUCAGGGGAAUGUGGUGCUACUUGUGGGGUCUUACACCUUCUGUAUGAACUCUGACCUUUACGCUAUCUGACUCCUAAUGGUGUCUCCCUGUGCGAGUGUGUGCUGGACACUUAGCCCCCCCCCCUCAACCCCACCACAUUUCGGUGUUAUAGUACUUUAAAGAAACAUGUAUUUCUUAUGUCUUCCAUAAAAAAAAGCAGCAGUCUUCUAUUGCCACAUGUGCCAUGUGAGGAUAAAUUUAUACAUUUUCCAUGGUGAUGCUUUCACAGUGUAUUGUGUCACUAAGGCAACCCCGCACAGUGAGGAAAUCUAUUUCUCAAAGCAUCGAUGAUUCCCAGAAAAGACUGAGCAGGCAAAGUGUGUUUAGUUACAACAGUGUUGUAGAGAAGAAAACAGAAUAUAUGGUUGAACAGUAUUGAUCUGUAAGUAUCUGUAAACAAGACGCCUUUUAACUCAGUGAGGUAGAGUUGACCCUGAUCUGUGAUAUCCUCACUGCUCGUUUUUUUAUAAUUAGGAACGCAAUCUAAAAACCAAAACAUUGGAGUAGUAUGAAAGGGUUACCCUCCUGCAGAGUGAGACGUUUUCUGAAGGUUGAUAUUUACUGCCAAGUGCUGCUGACUUGUCAGUGCGGGGGGGCCAGGAGAAGUUUUUAUUUCUGUCAACACCAGUGAGUGCCAAAUGUCCUAUACAAUAAACAGGCCACGGCUUUUAAACCUGA